AAGUUGAGAUAUUGCCUAAUAUAGCCUUAGUAGCUUUAUUUAAGGUAGUAGCAAGUGGAAAAAUAUUAUAUAAGUUUCUAGGUCUUUUACGGUUGGUGUUGGGGUUGGCUGUGGGGGCUGCAGAG